GCCUGACAUGUUUUAUCGUGGCACCGGCGGUAUUUUCAUGAGUCGAGUUGUGUCUUAAAAUGCUUGAGCUGCAUGGGGUCAAUCAUUUUCUCGCGCAUACGUACCGCUUGACUUGGGACAAGCCUGCUCAGAUUGAUCUUGGUCUUUCUUCCAAAGCCAGUCCAGGAAAACCACUGCAUUUUUUUACUCAUUAUAGAAAAUUGCAUUGUCAGGACUUUUUAAAAAGCGGCGAUGACCUUGUCUUGACGGUACUUUUCGGGUUAUCCAGCUGGGAAAUGUCGACUCCAGCUAGUUUGGAAUAACGUUAUAAAAGGGAUGACGUCUAUCCUAUUUACAGGAAAUUUUAUUUUAUUUCAAUUUUUCAGUGGCAUGAACAGUCCCAUGGACUAUCAAUAUAUGAAAUGGAUCCGUUUUGUACUCCGAGUCAUUAGCAGUUGGCCAAGUAAGGAACUUGGAGAGAAACAAUUGAAAAUUGAAGGCUUGGGUUUUGCGUACUACAACACUGGGUUGUCCGUAACGUUCUUUAUUUCGGGCAUAAGUUAUUUGAAACUUAACUUUUACAAAUUUACUUUUUUUGAGUUGGGAAAUUUAUACAUUCUGUUGCUCAUGAAUUUAUUAACUGUGGUAAGUGUUAUCUAUUGAUAGUGAUGAUGGGCACCUAUUAAGAUUCUCGUUUCUCAUGUGUCUUUUCAUUUUUCAGUUUAGGUCUUACGACUUGUGCCUCUCCCAAAAAUACCGGAAAGCAGCAGCGUAUUUUAUCCAGGAAAUACAUUUGUUUUAUUUUAAAGAGACAUCGGAAUUUGCGAAAAAAGUAAGUCAUAAAUUUUUUUUCAAGGGCCCAUGACGUUGCAGUUCCGAAUUAUUAUAAAGUAAAUACCUAAUUCAAUCGGUAAUAAUAUACUAAAGGCACAAACAUUUCAGAUAACAAAAUUUUACAAUUUAUGUUUAUAAGAUGCUGUUUAAAUUCAAAAAUGACUUUAUUUCAGAUACACGAGAGGUUACACAUCGUAUCUCACAUAUUUUCAGCUUACUUGUUAAGCAUUACAUUUUUUGCUGUCGUCUUGUGUAACGUAAUACCUAUGUACUGCAACUACGCAGCUGGUUACUUUGAAACAUCAGGUCCUCUCGUAAACGGUUCGUUCCAGCAUUCCGUCUAUUGCCUGUAUCCUUUCGAUUUUGAGAAAACUCUUGAUGGAUACAUUGCCGGAGCUAUUAUCGGAGGGUACGCAUCAUCACUGUGUGGAUGCUGUGUUUGCGCGUUCGAUCUCUUACUAUGUCUGAUGAUCUUCAACUUAUGGGGUCACUUCAAAAUUCUAAUUCAUAAUCUGGAUUCCUUUCCCCGCCCGGCCGCGGCGAGAACAGACACUAACAAAGCAUGCCACAACGCGACUAUUGUAGGGUCUGAAAUGUACUCGAAGUCAGAACUAGAAGAUGUUGCUAUUCAAUUGAAGGAAUGCAUUGAGCAUCAUAAGGUUAUUUCGAAUUUCACGAACCGCAUGUCAGACGCAUUCGGGUUUUCUCUGGGUUUUUACUAUUUCUUCCAUCAAGUCGCUGGAUGUCUGUUGCUCUUGCAGUGCUCCGAUGUGUCGUUGGGGUCACUCACACGCUAUAUUCCAGUCACUACGAUCAUCUUUGGAGAGCUGAUCUUAAUUUCUGUGAUCUUCGAAUCCAUCGGUUCCAUGAGUGAAAAAUUAAAGGAUGCGGUAUACAACGUCCCGUGGGAGUACAUGGAUACGAAAAACCGAAAAACGGUCCUCAUAUUCCUGAUCAGAGUGCAGGAGCCGAUACACGUGAAAGCUGGGGGCAUGGUCAAGGUCGGUGUGACGACUAUGGCUUCGAUAUUAAGGACUUCUUUAUCAUACUACGCUUUUAUUCGAAAAUUUUCUUAAGAAUAAUCUGGAUUUUUAAAAUCUCUUUCUCACUUUCUGUUUUUGCUUUUUGAGGUGACAAAGAAUCCAAUAUUGCACUAAUACAUGAUUGAAAAAUAGAAAUUGUACGUUCCUUCGUAUUCACGUUUUGAAUUAAUAGGGUAGAAUUUAAUUACUAGUUUUAUACCAAAAAAAUUCUAGGGUCAAAUUCUUGCUGCUAUUUCGCCUUGCCUUGAAUUAUAUAAUCAUUAAAGUCCUUGAUGUGAUCUUGGUAGUUUUCUUUACCUUUUUUUAAUGCAUAGUCUAAGUGAGUGGAUAGCCUGUCAGACUACAAAGCCCAAAGGUCAUAGGUUCGAAGCCGGUCCGCAUCAUU